GUGCAAUCAAACAGCGAUCGGUUUAAAGUUGGGGAUUAUGUGACAGGUGGACUUGGGUGGCGGGAUCAUUACAUCGCGCCAGCAGGGAGUGUAACCGCUGUUGAUACAACGAUUGCUCCACUGCAGUCGUUUUUAGGUGCCGUCGGUAUGCCCGGACGCACUGCUUACUUUGGGUUUCUGGAAAUCGGUCAACCCAAAGCAGGCGAAACGGUUUUCGUCUCUGCCGCGGCGGGCGCGGUUGGCUCAAUCGUGUGCCAAAUUGCAAAAAUAAAAGGCUGCCGCGUUGUCGCGAGUGCGGGUUCAGAUCAGAAAGUUACGUGGCUGCUCGAAACAGCAGGCGUUGACGCGGCAUUUAACUAUAAGCAGGUUGAUGACUUGGAAGCCGAACUCAGGAAACAUUGUCCAGAUGGGCUUGACAUCUAUUUUGAGAAUGUGGGAGGCAAACAUCUCCAAGCUGCGCUUGCAGUCAUGAAUAUGCACGGACGUAUCCCUCUGUGCGGCAUGAUCUCUCAAUAUAACGAUAUUUGA